UGGGUGCUCCGUGCGCCCGAUUGCCAGGUUGGACCGCCUGGGCCCGCUCAAGAUGAGGACGCGCUGGGCGACCCCUCGCCGUGCGGCGCAGUUGCUUGCGCUGCUCCUCGGGUACUUAGUGCUGGCGGAACCCGCUGGCAACACAGGUAAUGAGCCAUUCACCAUUGUCAAUGAAAACACUGGCAAGUGUAUCCAACCACUGGAUGGCUGGAUAGUAGCAAAGGACUGUGACAAAACCAAGGAUAUGUUAUGGAAGUGGGUGACCCACCAUCGACUCUUUCAUGUGCAAUCCCAGAAGUGCCUUGGCCUAGAUAUCACCAAACCCAUGGAUACCUUGAGAAUGUUCAGCUGUGACUCCCGUGCCAUGCUAUGGUGGAAAUGUGAUCACCGUUCUCUGUAUGGAGCUGCUGGAUACAAUUUAGUUCUGAAGGAUGGACAUGCCAUAGCAAGCACAAGUUCAUCUGAUUUCUGGAAGAAAGGAGGUUCAGAGGAAAACCUGUGUGACCAGCCUUACUAUGAGAUAUACACCAGAGAUGGAAACUCCUAUGGGAGACCUUGUGAAUUUCCAUUCUUUCUUAAUGGGACCUGGCAUCAUGAGUGCAUUCUUGAUGAAAAUCACAGUGGGCCAUGGUGUGCCACCACCUUAAAUUAUGAAAAUGAUCAAAAGUGGGGCAUCUGCUUAAUACCAGAAAAUGGCUGUGAAAAUAAUUGGGAAAAGAACGAGCAGACUGGAAGUUGCUAUCAAUUUAAUACUCAGGCAGCACUUUCUUGGAAAGAAGCUUAUGUUUCAUGUCAGAAUCAAGGAGCUGACUUAUUGAGCAUCAACAGUGCUGGUGAACUAACAUAUCUUAAAGAAAAAGAAGGCAUUGCUAGAGUUUUCUGGAUUGGCUUAAAUCAGCUGUUCUCUGCUAGAGGCUGGGAAUGGUCCAACCACAAGCCAUUAAACUUUCUCAACUGGAGUCCAGAUAUGUCUAGUGCACCGACAAUAGGUGGAUCAAGCUGUGCAAAAAUGGAUGCUGAGUCUGGUCUGUGGCACAGCUUUUCCUGUGAAUCUCUACUGCCCUACAUCUGCGAGAAACCACUAAAUGACUCAGUGGAGUUAACAGAUAUUUGGACUUAUUCAGACACCCAGUGUGAAGCAGGCUGGCUGCCAAAUAAUGGAUUUUGCUAUCUGCUGGCAAAUGAAAGUGAUUCCUGGGAUAAGGCACACAUGAAAUGCAAAAACUCCAGCAGUGACCUCAUCAGCAUUCAUUCUUUAGCAGAUGUGGAGGUGGUUGUCACAAAACUCCAUAGCGGGGAUGCCAAGGAAGAAAUAUGGACAGGCCUGAAGAACAUAAAUACACCAGCUUUAUUUCAAUGGUCAGAUGGUACUGAAGUUACUCUAACAUAUUGGAAUGAAGAUGAGCCAAAUGUUCCCUAUAAUAAGACUCCCAACUGUGUUUCCUAUUUUGGACAGCUGGGCCAGUGGAAAGUCCAAUCCUGUGAAGAGAAACUUAAAUAUGUAUGUAAAAAAGAGGGAGAAAAAGUGAAUGAUACAAAAUCAGAAAAGACGUGUCCUUCAAAUAUGGGCUGGAAGAGGCAUGGAGAAACCUGUUACAAGAUUUAUGAGGAUGAGGUCCCUUUUGGAACCAAGUGCAAUCUAACUAUAACUAGCAGAUUUGAGCAAGAAUACAUAAAUGAUAUGAUUAAAAAGUAUACUAAAUCUCUAAGAAAGUACUUCUGGACUGGCCUGCGAGAUACAGAUUCACGUGGAGAGUACAGUUGGUCAAAUUUUAAGGGAAUGAAUCGAGCUGUUACCUUCUCCAACUGGAAAUUUCUUGAGCCAGCUUCUCCUGGCGGGUGUGUGGCUAUGUCUUCUGAAAAGUCUCUUGGAAAGUGGGAGGUAAAAGACUGCAGAACCUUCAGAGCACUUUCAAUUUGUAAGAAAAUAAGUGGACCUGCUGAACCUGAGGAGACAGCCCCCAAGCCUGAAGACCCCUGUCCUGAGGGCUGGCAUAGUUUCCCCUCAAGUCUUUCUUGUUAUAAGGUAUUUCAUGCAGAAAGAAUUGUUAGAAAGAGGAAUUGGGAAGAAGCUGAGAGAUUCUGCCAAGCCCUUGGAGCACACCUCCCUAGCUUCAGUCACGUGGAUGAAAUGAAGGAAUUUUUUCACUUUCUAAUGGACCAGUUCAGUGGCCAGCGUUGGUUCUGGAUAGGUUUAAAUAAAAGAAGCCCGGAUUUACAAGGAUCCUGGCAAUGGAGUGAUCGUUCACCAGUGACUACUAUUGUGCCAAAUGAGUUUCUGCAGGAUUAUGAUAUCAGAGACUGUGGUGCUGUCAAGGCCAUUCAGAGGCCAUGGCGAAGAAGGUGGUAUUACUAUGAUGACAGAGAAUAUAUUUAUGUAAGGCCUUUUGCUUGUGAUAUAAAACUUGAAUGGGUGUGCCAGAUUCCAAAAGGCCGUACUCUCAAAACACCAGACUGGUACAAUCCAGAGCGUGCUGGAAUCCAUGGACCUCCAGUUAUAGUAGAAGGGAGUGAAUAUUGGUUUGUUGCUGAUCCUCACUUAAACUAUGAAGAAGCUGUCCUAUAUUGUGCUAGCAAUCACAGUUUUCUGGCUACUAUAACAUCUCUUUCAGGACUAAAAGCCAUCAAAGCCAAAAUAGCAAAUAUUUCUGGUGAUGAACAGAGGUGGUGGUUGAGAACCACAGAGCAGCCAAUAAUAGAUCAUCAUCCUUUCUACUCACGAUACUAUAGGCAUCACUUUCCUAUCACAUUUGGAGAGGAAUGCAUGUAUAUGUCUGCCAAGUCCUGGUUUAUUGAUUUAAAUAGACCAGCUGACUGUAGUACCAAGUUGCCCUUCAUAUGUGAAAAAUACAAUGUAUCUUCAUUAGAGAAAUACAGUCCAGAUUCUGCAACCAAAGUACAAUGCUCUGGAAAUUGGAUUCCUUUUCAGAAUAAGUGUUUCCUAAAGAUUGAACCCCGGUCUCUCACAUUUGCUCAAGCAGGUGAAGUUUGUAUCUCCUAUGGUGGCACCCUUCCUUCAGUGCUGAAUCAGAGAGAACAAGAUUUUAUUACAUACUUACUUCCGGAUGUGGAUACUACUAUAUGGAUUGGUUUGCGCUGGAGUGCCUUUGAAAGAAUAAGCAAAUGGGUAGAUCACAGAGAGCUGACAUAUAGUAACUUCCACCCAUUGUUGGUUGGUCGGGGGCUAGGAAUGCCAACAAAUUUUUUUGAAGAAGAGUCCCACUUCCACUGUGCCCUAAUGGUCAACCUCCAAAAGUCACCUUUUAUUGGGACAUGGAAUUUUACUUCCUGUAGUGAAAGCCACACUCUAGCUCUCUGUCAGAAAUAUUCAGAAAUUGAAGCCAACCAGACCUUGCAGAACACUUCAGAAACUGUAAAGUACCUAAAUAAUCUGUACAAAAUAAUCAUGAAGAAUCUGAGUUGGUCUGAUGCACUCAUGGAGUGUCAGAAAGAUAACAUGCACUUGGUGAGCAUCACAGACCAUUUCCAGCAGGCGUUUCUCACUGUGCAGGCAGCCCUUCGAAAUGCUUCUUUAUGGAUUGGACUCAUCAGUCAAGAUGAUGAACUCAACUUUGGCUGGUCAGAUGGGAAACAUCUUCAAUUUACUCGCUGGGCUGAAAAUAAUGAGCAACUUGAAGCCUGUGUAAUAUUAGAUCCUGAUGGAUUCUGGAAAACAUCUGAUUGUAAUGAUUAUCAACCAGGUGCUAUUUGCUACUAUCCAGGAAAUGAGACUGAAAAAGAGGCCAAACCAGUUGGCAAUAUUCAAUGUCCAUCUCCUGUUCUAAAUACUCCAUGGAUACCAUUUCAGAACUGUUGCUAAUUUAUGAUAGCAAAGAAUAGACAUACUGCAAUAACACAAGAUGAAGUACAUAAUCAAUGUCAAAAACUGCAUCCAAAAUCACAUAUUCUGAGCAUUCGAGAUGAAAAAGAGAAUGAUUUUGUUCUUGAGCAACUUCUAUACUUCAAUUAUAUGGCUUCAUGGGUUAUGUUAGGUGUAACUUAUGAAAAUGAUUCUCUUAUGUGGUCUGAUAAGACCAUGCUAUCAUAUACACACUGGAGAGCAGGAAGACCAACUAUAAAAAAUGACAAAUUUCUUGCCGGCCUGAGCACUGAUGGCUUCUGGGACAUUCAAACCUUUAAUGUUAUUGGAGAAACACUAUACUUUCACCAGAAGAGCAUUCUUGCUUGUAAAAUUGAAAUGGUUGAAUACAAGGAAGAAUAUAAUACUACCCUGCCACAGUUUAUUCCAUAUGAAGAUAAUGUUUAUAAUGUUAUUCAAAAAAAGGUUACUUGGUAUGAAGCAUUAAAUAUGUGUUCUCAAAAUGGAAGUCAUUUAGCAAGUGUUCAUGACCAAAAUGGCCUGCUAUUUCUGGAAGAUAUUGUAAAACGUGAUGGAUUUCCACUAUGGAUUGGACUUUCAAGUCAUGAUGGCAAUGAAUCAAAUUUUGAAUGGUCUGAUGGCAGUGUAAUUGACUACAAACCAUGGGAAGAUAAAAAAUCUGCUGGAAAUUGUGUUGUCUUGGAUCCCAAAGGAAUUUGGAAACAUGAAAACUGCAAGUCUGUUAAAGAUGGUGCUAUUUGUUACAAACCUACAAAAUCUAAAGAGGUGACCUCUCAUUCAUACUCCUCAAGAUGUCCUGCAGCGAAAGAUAAGGAGCCACAGUGGAUCCAGUACAGGGACCACUGUUACACAUAUGACCAGGCUUUGCAAACUUUCUCAGAAGCCAAGCUGUUUUGUUCAAAACUUGAUCAUUCUGCAACUGUUGUUACUAUAAAGGAUGAAGAUGAAAAUAAAUUCUUGAGCAGACUGAUGAGGGAAAAUUAUAAUAUUACCACGAGAGUUUGGCUUGGAUUAUCACAACAUGAUAUUGAUCAUUCUUGGAGUUGGUUAGAUGGAUCAUAUGUAUCAUUUGUCAAAUGGGCAGAUAAAAGAAAGAGUGGUAGUGGAAAUUGUGGCAUUUUGCUGGCUUCAAAUGAAACUUGGAAAAAAGUUAAUUGUCAUUCUGGCUAUGGAAGGGUUGUCUGCAAGGUCCCUCUGAACUGUCCUUCAUCCACCUGGAUUCAGUUUCAAGACAGUUGUUACCUUUUUCUUCAAGAAUCCAUCAAAGUAGAAAGCAUAGAGGAUGUCAGAAGUCAGUGCACGACCAUUGGGGCAGACAUGAUAAGCAUACAUACUGAGCAAGAAAAUGCUUUUAUACUGGAUACUUUGAAAAAACAAUGGAAAGGCCCAGAUGAUAUCCUACUAGGCAUGUUUUUUGACACAGAUGAUUCAAGUUUCAAGUGGUUUGAUAAGUCAAAUAUGACAUUUGAUAAGUGGACAGACCAAGAAGAUGGUGAAGAUCUAGUUGACACCUGUGCCUUUUUGCAUACCGAGACAGGUGAAUGGAAAAAAGGAAAUUGUGAAGUUUCUUCUGUGGAAGGAACUCUCUGUAAAGCAACUAUCCCAUAUGAAAAGAAAUAUUUAUCAGAUAACCACAUUUUAAUAUCAGCUUUGGUGAUUGCCAGCACAGUAAUUUUGACAGUUUUGGGAGCAGUUGCUUGGUUCUUGUACAAAAGGAAUUUGGAUUCUGGUUUCACCACAGUCUUUUCAAGUGUAUCCCAGUCAUCUUAUAAUGAUGACUGUGUUUUGGUAGUUGCCGAAGAAAAUGAAUAUGCUGCUCAAUUUGAUUAAGAUUUUAGAAAUCUCAGAUUAAGACAAUCAAAUACCUUGACAGUGUUUCUUGUGCAAGACUAAUAUAAAAUUUGACAAUGAAAAUUGUUUUUAUGUAUAUUUCCAUAUUUCAUUAACAUUUUCUAUUCUCAUGCAGUGUCACAAAAAUUAAUCUUCAGAUUCAUUAUAAAAAUAAGGUUUUAAAAAAGGAAUGAUUUACAGUAGGGGUUUUUAACCAUUUCCCCAAAUGUACCUUAUACUUGAAGGAAAGCUUAAAGCCCAAAUUGUAAAACAAAUGAAAAAAAAAAAAAAACCGUUUACCAAGUCUGCUCAAUAUUUUCCUUUCCAUUUGGUCUAACUACCUUAGCUAAACUUAUGUCCUUAUAUUCAGGAAUAUGCUAUCCUACCAUUACAUGUAGUUCUAAGCAAUCCUAGCCUAAGCCUUGCUCCUUUAUUAAUAGAAAACAUGUAGAGAAUAAACCUGACUUUUGAAUGGAUUCUAAACAUUUAGAUCUCUAAUAUUUGUCUUAUGAUUAAGAUGUAAAAAACUAGAUUUUAACACAUUUUGCACACUUUACGAUUUCAUUACUUUAAAAAUACCAUUUUGGAUCACAUUGAUCUAGAAUGUCUAGAAUUUUAUUCUAUUUUCUGAAACUUUUAACUUUUAAACAAAAAAGUUGCCCAACCAGGGAGGUCUGGAGGCUGGCAGUGAGGGUGAUACUUUUAUCAGUUUCCCUUUAACAUUUUUUUCCUGCCACCAUACCUGUUUCUAUCUAUGUAAGGUAUUUCGUGCAUUGAUAAACUAUCAUCCAAUGACAUGAAAACUAAGCAGAAACUGCAGAAAAUAGACACUACUGUUGUUUGUGAUGAUGCUCAAAGUUUUCAGUUUGAAGUAUCUGUACUGUAUUUAGAAACUUUAAAAGUUCAAGGAAAGCAUUCUCCCCAGCCCACACCCCAUCAAUUAUCUCAUGAGGAAUAAUUUCUGAUGGGGAAAACAAAUGAUCAGGUUUGGCCAAUGGCAACAAAGUCCAGCCAUUUUCACCAGCCACUAUGGAUUGAAAAAGUUCUUCGUCCAGUUAGUGGCAUUAUUAUUAAAUAUAAAUAAAUAACACAAAACUACACUGUGUGGUUAUAUGCUACUAAAAAAGCAAAUGUUAAACUAGCUAUACUAAACUAUGCUCUAUAACAGCUUUAAAUUCCUGAGAUUUUGUGGUGAUCAAGCAGUCUAUUAUUGAUAGAUAGGCUUUUAAUAGCGCUAAUGGUGAACAUUAAAUGACUGACAUUUGCAUAUUUUCUAUGUAAAGUCUACCGGUUCUUUGAGAACUAAGAUCAACCUUUUCUUUCUUUAUAAUGUUGAAUAUAGUAGCCACUAGUCACAUGUGGCUUUUUAAAUAUAUUAGAAGUUCAGUUCCUCAACUGUACUAAGUACAUUUUGAAUGCUCAAACUUCAUGCAUUUAGUAGCUACCAUAUUAGGCAAUGCAAGUUAUAGAACAUUUCCAUUAUCACAGAAAGUGUUAUUGGAAAGUAAUACUCUAGACUCUCCUCUUCCACUAACACCCAUACAACUAAGAUUAGAUUUUCUUCUGUUCAUUUUGAUAAUUUCUACCUAGUGGCAGCUCUUCCAAAAUACAGGUUUCCCCACUGUGUAAAGGUAGACAUUCCUAUUUGGUAUGAUUCAGUAGGUUAUUUUGGGGGUCUCAGAGUGCUAUUGGCAUUAAUUUAUAGGUAAAUAUUGAUUGCUCCCUACCAAAUCAUGCCAAACAGGAAUGUUUUAUUUACAGAUAGUGAGGAAAAACUCCAACAAUUUUAAACUGUGAUUAAUUUUCCUUUUUAAUUUUUCAAGCAAGUCUUUAGAAGCCCCUGGUAAUGAAGUGCUAAUAAACCUUAAUUUUCGUUGUAUUUCAGAUGAUCUGUAAUAGGCACUUGAUUUUAACAUUAACAAGAACAUAAUCUUGUUUUUUGGUGAAACCCAGAAUGCAGAAAUUUCUUUCUUCAACAUCUUGGUUCUAACUAUUGAAAAGUUGGACAGGUAUUUUGAGUGUAUUAUGCUUAAUUACAUCUUUUUACUAAUUUACAGUCUUCAUAAUGAGUAAUGUAUGCUUUCUUUUUCAGAGUUUAAAAAGUGAUAACCAAUUACCAGACUUUUCUUAUUCCUUCUAAAUCACAUUUACAGGAAUUCAGAAGCUAAUACAUACUAAAAUAUUAGGAAUAAUAGUAACUAUAAAAGUACUAAGAAGUUCAAGCUAUCGCUUGUUUAUCUGUCAUUGGAAUUUAAUACAACUAUAAAAAAUUGUAUACACACAUCAAUGGAGUAUUUUUUGUGUCAAUUAAAAUCUUUAAAUAAAAAAUGUUGUGGGUUGAACAGAAGACACUUCAUUUCCAUGCCAAGUUCUACUAAAAGUAUAAAUGUUUAAAAAGUAUCAACUCAAAACAUACCUAAAGAUCCACGAAAAGUUUCCUUCAGCUGCCAUUUAUAAAUGGCAGCAUUAUUUAUAAAAGUUCAAUACAUAUAGGCAUCCUUCAAUUUCAAAUUUUUGCUUCAAAUAAGGUCAUGUAAAACUAAAGGUAAAAACUGAACCACUGUUUAAAAAAACAUUACUUUCGUACAAAAUGGGAUUUGAAAUUUUAGUUCUUGACUAGAAGGUUGAGGUCUUCUUUAAGCAUCAGUUUAAAAAGAAACAUUUCAAACUCUAAAGUAACUCAAUCACUAUGCACUUUAUUUCAAGCCAAAGUUUUACAUAAGAACAAACAACUAAGUGUGGGCAAACUGUUUAUUUAACAUUUGAAAAAUUACAUGGUUUUGACUUAGGUUCUGAAAAAAUACUUCGCUGCCAUGACCUAAGACUUUAUUUAAUCAGAAACCACCCGAAGGUGUUUUUGAAUAUAUCCUAUGGGUGUUGACAGAGGAAAUAUACAGUUAUGGAAGUAUACAUAACUCAUGGCCACAGUAUAGAUUUAUUCAUGGUGAAUAAUGUUCAUAUGUUCUCCAAAGGUAAUGAAAAAUAUUAAAUCAUUAAAUAAAUGCUCAGAAUUACCAAGGAACAGUUAUAAAGGUCCAGGAUCUAAAUAGUUUAUAUCAUAUUUAUCUAUAAAGAAGUGACAACACUUAAAAAACAAACAAAAAAAAAAAACAACACAUUGAAAACCAGUGUUUUUAAACUCUGAAUGUGGGAUUUAAAAAUAUUCCAUUAACUUGAGAUUUCUUGUAACCAAAUUGUAUUUGACUGGCAAUUCUGAUUUAAUUUACAGCUGUAAUAUUCCUAAAAGGAAUAUCUACAUACUAUGGCCUAUCAAAUAUAAUCUUCAUUUGCGAAUCAAUACAAAAAGGUAUCCAUCAUUUAUACAUUUUAUAUUUAAAUGCUUUUUAAAAAUUAAAUUUUAUUGCUAAGUGAAUUUAGAAUCAAAUUUGGAAACCUAAUAUAAUGCUCAUUAUACCCCCUCCCCAUUUUGUUUUUGUAAAACACUGGAAGUAAAUGAUUAUGAAAACGAGGCUGUAACUUAAGGCAUUUUAAAAGGAAAAAUAAUUACGUGCCAUUAGGCAUUUUAUUUCAAAAGUAUACUUUGUCCCACUUUUUUCACUAGCAAGAGACUAAAACACGAACCUUUUUUCAUAAAUAUGACUACAGUAAUCAGAACACAAAAAAGGGUCGUCAGCAUUGUUAGAUAUUUAAAACAAGGUUAACAUUUCCCCACUCACCUAAAAGAAAAAUACUUUUGAUUACCAGUUUAUAAACAUCAGAUUCACUGGCCAUGUUAACCGGUCCAGUAAUAGAAUUUUAAUUCAGCAACACUUGUGAGUGAAUAUAUAUAUACAUGCAUAUAUGUGUAUAUAUAUAUUCAUGAUAUAUAUAUAUAGCCAAUGUAUUCAACAGGCAUUCCUAAAAAAAGUAAUUCACACUUAAUUGCCAGUUUUAAUAAACACACUUGUUCACAGACAAUCCUUGUCUUAUAUGAAGUUAGGCAAUAUCAAAUGUUCUGUUAUGGUCUCCAUCUUCUUCGGAAUCAUCCUCUGAAGCUGUUGAAAGAAAACAGGAUGAUCAAGAAUGAUUUUAAGGGGGAGGAGAAUGGAGGUGUAAAUAUGAAGCCAGAACAGCAAUGAUUUAUAAAAUAAAAAUCCCAAUUUAAUAAACUGUUUGGUCAAAAUGGUAAGUUACCAUGACAGGGUUAGGGUGGUUUGACUGAGAUGAUAUCCAUAUACAACGUCCCCACCCCACACUUUUUGUUAUUUUAUAAAAAUGAAAAUGUUUAAAAAUGUGGUUCAAGAAUAUUGUUCUAAAAAGUUUCUGAGACCAAUUCGUGUUCAUAGGAGCUAAUGGUACAUAUACUAGAGAGAAAGUGAACUUAAGGCAAGUGUUCUCACACACCUGAGCAGAAUCUGGCUUAUUACUGCUGCAUGUUUGAUGCAUCCGAUGAAAAUGAAAAAAAAUGUACAUAGAAUAGUAAGUUAUGGGUGUUCUUGCAAUUUACAUCAAAGCUAUGUCUAUACAAUGCCAGGAAAAAGCUCCACUUAGUAAAUAAAAACUUUAUAUAGACAUAGCCCAAGUCAAAACAAAUGGAUUUAAUAAGAAACAUUUUUGUUGAAAUUAUUCUUAUACCUCUACACUGUCAGAAACUUAUCAUUUAUGUAACAUUUAUUUCACUUAUUAGUGACUCAAGAGUUUCAUAUAAAACAUCCUGGGAUGUCCUCAAGAAGAACGUACUAAAAAACACUAAGUAUUCUGUAAACUCUGUGUAUGAAGGAAAAUGGAAGUUCACAGAAAACAAGCGAACUACAAGCGGGGAGCAGAAAAGUUAAAUGUAUACUCUUCUUGUAUUAAUACUAGAAAAUUUAUGAGUACCCAGCAAAUGGAAUCAAGAAAACUAUUCCGUGUGUUGAUGAAAACUCAAGUUUCCAUAUUUUAGUCUAUUUGCUUAUUUUGCUGAAUUCAUUUAUAAUUGAUGGUAUCAAACAUAUA